ACCAAAACAAAACAAAAACACACAAAUAAAUAUGAAUGCUGAAGAGUUUCGAAAAUACGGCAAGGAUAUGGUGGAUUACAUUUGUGAUUAUGCGCAAAAAAUUGAACAGCGCGAUGUGGCGCCAACUUUGGAUCCAGGAUAUCUAAAAUUACUGAUACCAGCCAAAGCGCCACUAAAACCAGAAAAAUUCGAAGAUGUUCUAGCUGACUUCGAGGAAAAAGUUAUGCCUGGCGUAGUGCAUUGGAAUCAUCCGAAAUUUUUUGCAUACUUUCCCGCAGGCAAUUCGUUCCCCUCCAUUUUGGGUGAUAUGCUGAGCGCAGCGAUUGGCUCAAUCGGUUUUUCAUGGGCCUCCUGCCCCGCCUCCACAGAACUAGAAACCAUAGUACUCGACUGGUAUGCCAAGGCGCUUGGCUUACCCAAGGGCUUCAUCAGCGAUCUACCCGGCAGUCGCGGCGGUGGCGCACUCCAAGGUUCCGCCUCCGAAUGCACGCUUGUCUGCAUGAUCACUGCCCGUUCACGCGCCAUACAAAAGCUGAAAGGCAUGUGCUCAGAGAUUCACGAGAGCGUCUUCCUGCCACAAUUGAUUGCGUACGCCAGCAAGGAAGCACAUUCCUCCGUAGAGAAGGCUGCAAAAAUGGCGCUUGUUAAGCUGCGCAUUAUCGAGGCUGAUGAACGUGGACGCAUGCGCGUCGAUUUGCUGCGACAGGCAAUGCAAAAUGAUGCAAAUGCUGGCCUGACGCCGUUCUUUGUUGUGGCCACCGUUGGCACGACAGGCGCUUGUGCAUUCGAUAAUCUCACAGAAAUUGGCAAGGUUUGCAGAGAAUUGCCGAAUGUGUGGUUCCAUGUGGACGGCGCAUAUGCGGGCAAUUCCUUCAUUUUACCAGAAAUGCGUAAAUUCUCCGAGGGCCUGGAGUAUGCUGACUCAUUCAAUACGAAUCCUAAUAAAUUGUUGCUCACCAAUUUUGAUGCGUCUGCCAUGUGGGUGAAGGAUGUGAUGAGCUUGAAGACGGCGCUAAAUGUUAAUCCACUAUAUCUGCAGCAUGAGCAUGAGAAGGCGAUAGACUAUCGACACUAUGGCAUACCGCUGAGUCGUCGUUUUCGUGCAUUGAAAUUGUGGUUUGUCUUCCGCUCUUACGGCAUUAUGGGACUACAGGCGUACAUACGCAAUCACAUGGCAUUGGCGAAGAAAUUCGAAAUGCUCGUGCGCAAGGAUGAGCGCUUCGAAGUGCGCAACGAUGUGUACCUGGGAUUGGUGUGCUUCCGUAUGCGCGCCGCCGACACAUACAAUCAGGAGCUGCUCGCCCAGAUCAAUCACUCCGGGAAGAUGCAUAUGAUACCGUCGAUGGUUAAUGGCAAAUAUGUGAUACGCUUUUGUGUGACAUACGAACAUGCAACCGAGAAGCAUAUAAGCGAUGCCUGGGCUGAAAUAAAGGCCUUCGCCGACGACAUUCUACGCGAUGUACCUGCCCUCUCGCCUACACCCGAAAAGGAGAAAGUUGUUUCGGAACCACAACCUGUCAUCGGCAAACCACCAAUCAAAAAGAAGCUUACGCGCACCAAAUCAUUACGUUUCUCCUUUACACGCAGCAUAUCGCGCGAGAUGUACGAAAGUCAAAACGAACAUCUCAAGGAUGGUUGUACCCCGAUUUUGGUUGUAGACUCCAAUGCUAUGCUGCAAAGUUUUAUGAAAGCAACAGCCGAACAAAAUAAAUUAAAAGGUAUUGAAGAUGUGGACGCUGACGAGGCUAGUAAUUAGGCAAAGUUUGGCAAGAAAAUAGAAAAUGAAAACAAAAACUAAGCUAAAGCAUCAAGAGGCCUAAGCGUUGAGCGCUGAGCGCCGGGCGCCAAACGCGUCAGUCCAUUACAUAAAUAUGCACCCAUAUACAUUUACAUACACAUUUCAUAGAUAUAUCGAUAAUAUGUAGGUAUUUAUGUACAUAGAAAUCGCGUAUAUAACACGCCCAGCACGAAUUACCUCCAAAUGAAUGUAUUGUAGUUAUUAAAUUUAAUAUUUUAAGUGAAGAAUGCAUCAGCUUUAGCGAAAAUUAAACAUUUAUUUUAGUUAUAUAGUACAUAUAUGUAUGUAUGUAUGUUCAUAUAAAGUACUGGGCCUGGCUUGGUGGAAAUUUAAAAGUAAAGUCAUUAGCUAAAUAUGCCGUUAACUCAGUUAUGAUCGAAUGAAUAUGCAUUUAGUUUUAAAAUUCGCGCAUAGUUAUCACAACCUGUACGACUGGUACUGGCAUUCAUUCAGUACAUAGUCGCUAACAGCUUCAUCACCAACCCAUCAUCACUUUCCACUUGAGCAAUCGCUUUUCACUUUAUGUUCCUAUUAUUAUCUACAUUCUGUUAUUAUGCACUCAUGUAAUUGUAAUUAUUUAUUUAUUUUCUGAUUUGCAAACAUACAAGCAUACGUCUAUUGAAUAUACAUACAUAUGUACUACGAUAUAAAUACAUAAGUAUGUAUGUAGUUAUUUUGU